UCUCUCUGUGUCAUAACCUUCUAGAUCCAAGUGCCAAGUGGUAUAUCUGUAGGCCUACAUGUCAUAAUUGUUUUGGUCUAUGCACCAAUUGAUACAGCUGACCUAUCCAUGCCAUCAUCGUAGCGCCAAGUGGUACAUACAUCAGCAAGCACUAGUACAGUUUCUACUGACAGCAGCCAGCCUUUGUCUAUGGAGCAAGAGCAUCUCUUAAACCAAGUGUCCCCCGAACCAGCAGCACGCAGAAAUAGUCCAAAAGGAAAGAACAACGUCCAAAAUCAACGCAACGCAGGAUGUAAGUUAUCCAAGGCUACGGAUAUACCGAAUGGAAAUUCUAAACAUGUAACAGUGUCACCGGGCAGACGUUGUCUGUCAGACUCGAAAAUCAUUGUGAAAAAGAGGCAUGUGGUAAGUGACAAUCAUAAGAGAAAAAUAAACUUUGUUGAGGCUGAUGUUGGGCAAGUGAGUGUAGUUCCGUCUAAAUGCAAACGGCGUAAAUCAGAUGAUGGAUUGGCUGUCAAUCAUAGGAGAAGUUCACCGAAAUUUGAUGUCAAUCAUAAUUGUGUAUCUUACAAGAAUACUUGUCUCUCAGAGGAGAAAAAUGCAGGGAAGAGUCGAUCGUCGGAAAUAUUGGAAUAUAAGUCAUGCCAUCCGAUUGGAAAUAGGGUCUCUGUCGGUAGAAUAACAACUUACUCUGAGGUCGUCCUUAGCGACCCAAAGAGAACGUUUACCCAUAAUACCUACAUGACACACAAGACAAGUAGUUCCGGUAAGAAAAACACCAAAAUGGGUAAUAACCGUAAGCAUAAUGGAAUUGUGCAAAAUGAAAAAUCGCUUUCUGUAAAAGAAAAAUGUGUGACAGAUAACAUGGAUGGGGAAAAUAGCAACAGCGACAAGGUGGGAUCCCUUGUUACUGAUCCUCCUUCUAACGAGUCUCACGAUGAUAUUAGCGACGUAUUUGAAGCGGUUGAUAAUGAGAUUUUAUUCAAUAAAUCAUCGACUUCAUUGGAAAUGGUAGUGGAUGAGCAUAGUUCAGACAAAGUAGAUACUUCUGUUGAAAAUGAUAAUAAGGGUCAUAUAACACAAGAGUGCAAAAAACAAGCACAAAAUUCAAAUAGUGAGUCAGCGAAUGAUUCUAAGACCAAUGACGUACCAAGGACUGGAGUGGUUAAAAAGAGACGUUUGUCUCAGAAAUAUGCCGAUAUUGAACCAAGAAAUCGCAAAAGACGACUUGCUAGUCUUACAGCGGAAACUAAAAAUUAUCUUUUAUACGAAAAGGAUGAACCGUUGAAAAAGUCGUCGGGGGUUCGGGGAAGGAAAGCGAGUAAAAGUGAUGCCGCUACGCUCAGUAACGGUUUUGAAAAUGGAAUUACAAGCCCACAUGGAAUUAGGGAAAGGAAAGGUAGUAAAAGCGAUGCCACUAUGCUUACUAACGGUUUUGAAAAUGGUAUUGCAAAUUCACAUUUUGUGGAUGACCACCUCACCUUAGUUCCAAAUACUACACCUUCAAAGUCACCAGGUACUGCUCUUGGAUUAAGUACAGGUGACGGGAAAGCUAAGAAGAAGAACUCCCUGUCCCACAAUGCACCAGUUGCUAAGAAUCGAUUGCAAAAUAAUUUUGGAACUAUAAAUAGCUGUGUUGUCAAAAAAUUCUAUAAUAACGUGUCGGACACUGCACCAAUCAGAGGUAGACCUGGACGUAAGCCAAAAUUGACUGUUGAGAAAGUCGGUAAAAUAGUGAGACGACGGUCAACAAAUGGAUGGAAGGGUAUCGGACAGCCACAGGAGAGGCUAAUAUCCACGCAGUUUGACCAGCCGCCAAUUAAAAAGAUGUGCUACCAGUCAAUAAAGCGCAAGGAUGAUAUUAUCAGUGAAAGGGACUGCAUUCUGUUAAGGUCAGGAAUCCGUAGGGAACCUCCAUUCGUUGGGAAAGUUUCUGCUCUGUGGGAAGAUCAAGAAAACGGUGAGAUUAUGAUCAAUUUGCUAUGGUACUAUCGCCCUGAACAUACGGAAACUGGACGGCGUCCUCAGCAUUUGGAGAAUGAGUUAUUUGCGUGUAAGCACUAUGAUACGAACAGUGUAGCCUGCGUGGAAGACAAAUGUUACGUGCUAACUCUGGGAGAAUAUUGCAGAUAUAAAUGUCAGUUAAAAAUGCGACAAGAAGGCAUCAAGAGAAGUCGUAUAUGUGUUCCUGAACUUUUCGAGGGUUAUCAUCGGUCUGGCCAUCUUCCCCCGAUGGAUGUCGACCCCUCAUGUGUCUUUCUUUGUCGUCAAGUCUAUGAUUUCCGACAGAAGCGCAUUUUGAAGAAUCCACAGUGAAAAAAACCUGUUUUGCAUUUACUAUCACCCAUUCAGGAGUUACAGUUACAAUAAUAAACUACAAACAUCCUUUUCUGAUACUCCAAAGUGAUGAAGAAUACUUGGUCAAGUUAGUGAUAACACCUGACCCAUUACACUGAAGUGGUGGAGUGUGACUACCAGAUUAACUCUUGUAUUUAGAUCUUUAGCUCCUUCGAUAUCAGUAUGAAUCUGCCCAGAAUUGUGUUGUAAUGUUCUUUAAACAAACAGAAACAGGAUUUUUUGAAAGGUAGCUCUUAAUAUUAAAAGCCUUUUCCUUAUGUUUCAUGUGUACAAUAGUUAUAUAUCUUAUAUCAAGCAGAUUUAAAUCAUGACCACAUAUUUUGAAGUGAGGGUUUGUGUGGAAAAUACAUUCCAGAUGUUGCAUUAAAGUGCUUCAAGAUUAUUCUAAAGAUAUUACAAGUUAUAUAUAUUAUAUAUAGUCAUCAUAUUAUGUUUUUGGCCUUUUGUUUUGGGCUUGUUGUUUUGGGCCAGGUGUUUUAGGCCGUGCGUUUCUUUUUAGAUUUCAUAUUUAUUGGCAACACAAGACGUAUAUAACAGUUGUUGUAGAUAAUUUACACUUUCGUUACAUUACUGUAUAUUUUCAAUCUGUUUAUUGUUACCUUAAAUGAUCCAGGAAGUGCCGCAGUGCUUAUUCACAUUUUUGUAGGCUUAAGUGCAGUGCUUAUUUUAAUGGUGGCACUUAUUAGAAACUAUUGAAAUACUGUACUGUGGGUUAUGCAUAGGCCUCUCUGACUUGUUAAAAUGUUAGUCUGUGAGAAGUCAGUUGUUUUACGUUCAAAGCAUUUUGGGUAAUAUGCACUCUCGUUUAAGCAUUGCAACGCUUAUUAGAAAUAGAAUAUAAUAUCACUAAUAAAGCGCUGUGGUGCUUAGUGAAAUAAAUCAUGUUUGUUUCAUUGCUUUUUUUUUAAGAUGACUGUGAGCAUACUCGAUCAUUUAUGGUACAUUUGGAAGUAUAUUAAUGAUAUCAAAAUUGUUUUUCUGCAGUCAUUGUUUUAUUGUUUAGCACCCUCUGUUGUCCAGUUAAUUUUGAAAUUGAAUCGCAUAUCUAUAAAUGUUGUUGAUAAUACAUAGUUAAGAAGAUUUCACCUUAAAGUCAUCAAUCCCUCCACCCCCUUCCCUUAUUAUUAAUAGGAUGAUCAAAUUCUCUGCUGUAUUUGGUUACUUAAGCCAUGUAGCUAUGUUAAGAACAUCCGCCAUAUGUGUUAAUCUUAUUUGUAACAAAAUCAUGUCUUAAUUAAAGAAACAUCUUAAGUUACAUUCCCUUAAACAUUUAUUUGAUAGGUCGUUGACAUUCAUGGGGUUAAACAUUCAUCAUUAAAGUAAAAGCAAUGUGAUAGUUUAUGUUGUGGAUAUUAUAGCCUGAUCCAUUAUUUUUAGGGAUGUUUACUGCUCUAAGAGCACAGAAUAUUUGUCUGGUUAUCACAGCACAGUCAUAAUCUUCAAAAACCAUAAUUGAUUUGUAUUAUUUAGGUGUUCAUAUAAAACAUAUACCACCAUCAUAUAACAUGUACAGUUUAUCUGUAAAGUAUGAUAUUAGUAAUCACAAAUCAACAUCUUUUUAAAUCAAAGUUCCAAAACAAAUCUGUUUAAAUAAUCAUUGACGUAAAUUCAGUUAAUUCUGAGAGCUAAGUAAUACUAUUUUUUUUCAGUUUAAUGUACAGAGAUGAUUUAGAGUGUAAUUUUAUUGCCAAAGAUAUGGAUACUAUUUGUCAUCCAAGAUACAGUUAGAUAAGCCAAUAAGAUGUUCACGUCAAUCUGGAGUGAUUUGUCAUUUUUACAAUUUAUCUCUGACAUUUCAAUUACAGUAGUUGUUCGUGAUAUUAAUUAAGAAUUAUGAAUGAAUGAUGAACUAAAGUUCAACAUCAGAAUUAAUAUUGUAUUAAAUUUUCACCUCACUGUUAAAGGUUUUGCCAAACACA